AUGGCUCCUCGCUCUCAACUUGAAAUCACCACUUCCUCGGUCAUUCGCCUAGUUAAGGAAGAGGCUUCUUAUCACAAUGAGUUGAUCCAACAGGAGGCCCGUAUCAAGAAGCUGGAGGGUGCACAGGCCGGCGAAGAUGAGAACCAGGAGUACAUGAUUAAGCAAGAGCACCUGGCCCUCGAGGAAACCAAGAAGGUCUUGCCAACCCUGAAGACCAAGAUCGCCAGCACUGUGGCUGACCUACAGACCUUGAUUACCGAAGAGGGUCAGAAGGGCGCCGAGAGCAAUGUUGCGCACAUCACCGCCGCGAAAGAAGCCAUCGCGAAGGCCAAGACCGCUGAGCGGGAGAUCUCUUGA